UUCCAGCACCACCAUCGCAUCCGCAAUCGAUGGCUCUCGCGUUCUCUUCUCCGGCGCCGCGCUUCGCCGUCUCCCCAUCGAUUCCUCAUACUUCGCCCUCGAACUCCUUCUUAAUUACCGUCCCAACCCCUCAUCGUCUCCGGCGAUGCCUCCGCCGUGGAGUGAAGGCGGCGGUGGCCGUCGACUCCCCAUCGGCGGAGGGUGGUGGCCUCCCGGUGGAGAGCCCAAACGUGCUCCUUGAGGUCAACGACCUUAGGGCUGUGAUUAAGGACACUGAUAAGGAAAUCCUCAAGGGCGUCAAUCUCACUAUCAAUGAGGGCGAGAUUCAUACGAUCAUGGGGAGGAAUGGAUCCGGGAAAAGUACCUUUGCGAAGGUUCUUGUUGGUCACCCAGAUUAUGAGGUAACUAAGGGUGAUAUUGUCUUUAAAGGCGAGAAUUUGCUUGAGAUGGAUCCAGAGGAAAGAUCUCAUGCUGGCCUCUUUAUGAGUUUCCAAUCUCCAGUUGAGAUACCAGGUGUAAGCAACAUGGAUUUUCUACGCAUGGCAUAUAAUGCUCGAAAAAAAACAGAAAUUUCUCCUAUUGAGUUCUUUCAUUUUUUACUCCCCAAGCUCGAAGCUGUGAAGAUGGAUCCAAGGUUCUUAGAUAGGAAUGUAAAUGAAGGAUUCAGUGGAGGUGAAAAGAAGCGAAAUGAAAUUCUGCAACUUGCGGUACUGGAGGCUGAUUUGGCUAUUUUAGAUGAAAUUGAUUCUGGGUUAGAUGUUGAUGCUCUUCAAGAUGUUGCGAAAGCACUUCUUGGCCUCAUGACUCCCAAGAAUUCUAUUUUGAUGAUUACUCAUUACCCGACUCUGUUGGACCUCAUCAACAAGCCUGGAUUUGUUCAUAUAAUGCAAGAUGGGGUGAUUAAAAGGACAGGCGACCGUUCACUCGCAAAACUGGUUGAGAAGGGGGGUUAUGCAGAGAUUUCUAAUGCAUAACUCUAUAGUUGAUAGAGUUCCAUAUUAUCGAGAUCUGCAUUUUAAGAAUUGUUGUGGAAAUUGAGAUAAAGCUUCUAUGUUCGGAAGUAUGUGCUCCAAGACCUGACAUAAAAACUUCUCAAUGAGGCCUUCAUUAUUUCAUAGUCCAUGACUGGUGCCUGAUCGCUGAUAACCACACGGUAUGUAUUGAGAGGUGUGUUCAUAUUUAUAAUGAACCAUUCGUCAUAUACUAGAACUGCACAGCUACUUUUUGCCCUCCUUGAUUCAUCCUGCUAUAAUGCAUUAACAUUCCUUCUUUGUGCUUUUUAAUAUACUGUAAAAUGUCUCUCUUGAUUGUAUUAUUCAAUUUACAUCAGCAUGUUUUUAAUUAGACAAUCAAGUUUAAUUUUAUCAAAUGGUCUUGAUUGGUGACUUGGCUUCA